AUCAGCACACGUACAUGACACCAGCCGAACAUCAGAAGCAGCAGGCGCUGGAGGAUGAGCCCUGUCCCUUUGAAGUGAAGCCUUCCAAAGGAAUCCUUGGUGCAGGAAGGUGGCAGAAGCUGCAAAUCACAUUUACACCCAAGGAGGAGAGGUCUUACAAGAAUGAGCUGGAGCUUAACAUUAAUGGGAGCAGCAAUUGCUUAAAGUUGCAGCUCUCAGGACAAGGUCUGGAGCCACGGUUGGAGUUCAGCCCCUCAGCACUAAAGAUGGGAUGGAUGCUGGUGGACAGCGCUGGGGUGGAAGCCACAGUGGUGGUGAAGAACCCAUGCAACUUUCCCAUUGAGUUUUACUCCCUGGAUUUUGAUGAGCAGCACCUUGAGAAGAAGGUCACAAAUCCGAAGACUUUGAUUGGGGAGAUCCUGAGGGAUGGGAAGCUGCCAGCGGAAGACCAGAUGCUGGAACACCUGGGACUGCAUCCCGACAGCCCUCCCCUUCCCCCUGCUGCUGUGCUCUCCAGUGUCGAGUACCCAGAGAAGCGGCUGGGCUCUGCAGAGCGUGUGGAGGACAAUCUGCUGGGUGCUCCAGUGGUGCCAGCACUGAAGGCCAAAGCCCCAGAUGUAAAGGGCAGUUCUGCCAAGGGCCAACCAAAGACGGGUAAACCAACCAGCAGAGACAGAUCUGCAAAGGAGAAGCAGAUCUCCACACGGAGAACAGAAAGUUCCCGGGACUCCUCUGCAACAAGAUCCAAAAGUAUGCUGGAAAGGGCCUCAACCCCCGCAGUAUUCCUCAGGCUGAAACAGUCCCGGUGGAUAGUGCCUGCCCAGGGUGAGGUGGAACUGAAGGUCCACUUCUUCGCCAAAAAGCCAGGGAGGUUUGAGCAGACACUGAUCUUUGAGCUUGUGCCGUCAAUGCGCCAGUACGAGCUGCCCUGCAGUGGCACCAGCCUGUACCCCAGCAUCAGCCAGAACCCACGGGUGGUGUUUCCACAGUGGAGGGCGACCAUGAAGGAAGGUGAAGUCAUCUUCAAGGAAUAUGUUGAGAGCACAAAGCAAUUCCACUUUGGACCGCUGCUGUGUGGGAAAUCAAGAGAGUGGUACAAGGCCCAGAACUGUCCCGGCAACUCUGAGAAUAUAACCAUCUUCAACAACUCCCCCACGGAUGUAAAGGUCCGAUUCUCCUUUGAGAAUGCUGGGGGAGCAGAUACGUUCCUUUUGGGCCCUUCCCGCAUGACACUGAGACCAAAGGAGAAGAAGGAGCUGACCAUUUGGGCAUACCCCACUUCCCCUGGCUUCCUGGAAGACAAACUCAUCUGCAGAGUUGAGAAGAACCCAAACCCAGUGGUCUUCAGCCUCUGCUGCUAUGGGGUGGACAUGAAGCUGGAGGUCAGCACCCUGGAGCUGUCUUUUAACAAACUGCUUCUGCACAGGACUGACUGCAGGACCUUGGUCCUGAAAAACAACAGCAUGCUGCCCAUGGCCUGGCUGCUCCGUGGGCUGGAUGACCUUGUUGAGGACUUCUCCUUGUCACAAAAUAAUGGCAUCAUUGAUCCCCACUCAGAGUUUGAAGUGACACUGCAUUUCAAGGCUGAGCAGAUUGGCAUCAUUGAGAAGACCCUCCGACUAGAGGUUUCAGAUGCAGAAAAUAUCCUGGGGGUUGUUCAGACUGAAAACAUCGAAAUCUCUGCAGAGGUCUAUGAUGUUUCUCUGGGCAUUGACAUGCCUGAAGGUGCAGAUGGAAGCUUGGAAUUUGGAACAAUUAAUGUCCUGGAUAAGGUGAAGAAAGUCCUGAGUCUAAAGAUCAAAGGGAUAUACAGGAUUGAUUACAGGUUCACGCUGAAGGGUGCAGGUCCCAGGAUGCAAGACUUGGAAUCCUACUUCACUGUUACACCUCAGUCGGGCAUGCUGAAUGCGUCCCACCCUGAUGCGAGUGUUGAGAUACUCUUCCACCCCACAAGUGAAAUCCUCCUCAAGAACAUACCCAUCCUGUACUGCCAGUUGAUAGAUGCCAGCUCAGGUGAUGGAGGCCAGGCUGUUACCAACAUCCCAAUAAGAGUGUCGGCCAAAGCCGAGUACAGCAAGUACAGCAUUGUGCCUGCCUCACCCACCGACUUCGGAGCCAUGAUCAAGGGCACCAAGAAGAGCCGGACUGUUGUGCUGAAGAACAACGGCACACUCAGCUUCAAUUUCCACAUCUGCCGAGCACCCAAGCUUGCAUCUGCAUCAGAAAGCAAAAGUUCAAAGCAAGGGGAAUCUGCUCCAUCAGCUAAAAAGCACUCAAAAGGAAGGAAAUCAGGCUCCUCGACAAAGCGUCACCUCAGGCUUGGCAUGUUCACGGUGUCCCCCUGCUCCGGCUCCGUCUGUCCGUCGCGCAUGCAGUUGAUCAAAGUGGAGUGCCUCGCAGGGCAGGAGGGGACAUGGGAGGAGCAGAUCUACAUUGACAUCACGGGCAGAGACCCCACAGACAAUCCCCUCGGCAUUCCCUUCACCCUGAUUGUCGAGACCUGCCUCCCAGGUACACACUGCCCCCAGUGCCCUUGGUCACACCUGCUGCUGAUCAGCACCUCAGCUUGCUGCUUGGAUAGAGAG